GGCCGCCCGCCGCGCCGCCCGCGGGCUGCCACCGCGCCGCGUCGGCGGCGGGCUCCGCAGGCCAGGCGGGCGACGAGCGCGGCGCCUGCCUCCGCCUCCUCGGGCUCGAGCCCGGGGCGUCCCGGCAGGCCGUGCGGGCGCGCUACCUGGAGCUGGCGAAGGAGAGGUUCACCCUGACACUGCAGCUGGUGCACAGGGCUCUGGGGAGGCGCAGCCAGAGGCCGCGUCCGCCGAGUUCCAGCGUCUCCACGGCUGCUACGAGCUCCUGCUGGCCGGCGGCGAGGAGGGAAGCGGAGGGACCCGGACUGGCUCAAGAAGAUGAAGGAGGACUUUGCCCACUAUCCCGCUUGCUGAGCACGGCGCCCGCAGGCGGCCGUCGCGAGGGCCUGGCGAGAAGCAGGACCCGGACUGGCUCAAGGAGAUGAGGGAGGACUUCAGAGGAGGAAAGACUCCUCCCACCGUCCCGCCUGCUGAGCACGGGGCCCGCCAGCCCGCACGGCCGCCGCGACGGCCGCCGCGAGGAGCAGCGCGCCGAGUCGCUCGCGGGCGGGCGGGCAGAACAGCGCCUCCGCAUGCCGUGCGGCCUCCGGUCGCGAUUUUUUUUGCGAUGCUGCAUGUUUUUGCAAGGGCCAAGUUUACCUGCUUCUAGACGACCAGCGUCUGAGGCCGAUGCUACCUACCGUUCUCGCGUCCUAGCCAA